AUGUUAUCCGCCUUCACCGCGCGGCCACUGGUCGAAUUAAGGCCGCGCGACAAAUCGAAGAUCGACUCCGUCCUCGCCUACGGCGACCGUCUUCUCGCCGGUCUCAACAAUGGCUCUCUCCGCAUCUACCGCGUCACAGACGACAAUGCGACCGAGCUUCUCCGUGAAAUGGAAAAGUUCUCCCGCUAUCGUAUUGAGCAGCUUGCACUCGUGAAGGAAGUGGGCGUUCUGGUCUCGCUGGCGGGUGGCUAUGUCUCGCUCCACGACUCCCAGACCUAUGAGCUGAAUGAGCAGCUGGCGCAGACGAAGGGCGCUUCGGCAUUUGCUAUUACCUCGAAUGUGGUGAAUGAUCCGGAUACCAAUGUUCCGGCUAUUGUUUCGAGGCUGGUGGUUGCUGUGAAGCGGAAGAUUCUUAUGUGGGUUUGGAGGGACAUGGAGCUUGAGCCGAAUACUACGGAGUUGAGCUUGGUCAGUGCCGUCAAGACCAUGACAUGGGUUUCUGCUACGAAGCUUGUUGUCGGUCUGAGCUCUAGCUAUGUAAUGAUUUAUAUCGAGAGUGGUCAGGUCUCUGAGCUUCCUGGGCCAGGGAACACGGAGGAGUCGGGAAGAUUUACGGGGGUUGGCGCUGCGAGUAUGAGCUAUAUUGGCAUGGGUGGUAUGGUUCCGAGGCCGCUUGCUACAAGAUUGAGCGAGGGUCAGAUAUUGCUAGCGAAGGAUAUCAACACGCACUUUAUUGAUGUCGACGGCCAGGCUCUCGGUCGGCGGCAGAUUCCCUGGAGCCAUGCGCCUGUGGAAAUUGGUUACUCAUAUCCAUUCCUCCUAGCUUUGCACGACACUGCCAAGGGUGUGCUCGAAGUCCGAAACCCGGAAACCCUCUCGCUGCUGCAGUCUAUUCCUCUACCCUCGGCUAGCAUUCUGCACAUUCCCCAGCCGAACAUCAGUCUGGCUCAUGCUGGCAAGGGUUUCCUCGUUGCCAGUGAUCGAACUAUCUGGAGAAUGGAGGCUCUGAGCUAUGAUACCCAGAUCGAUGCGCUGGUUGAGAAGGGUUACUUGGACGAGGCUAUCAGUAUGCUCGGCAUGCUUGAGGAGGCUCUUUUGCGAGACAAGCCUGGUCGACUACGCUCCACUCAGCUAGAGAAAGCUCAGAGCUUGUUCGCAUUGCGGAAGUAUCGCGAUUCUUUGGAUCUCUUCACCGAAAUCGCUGCUCCUCCCGAGGUCGUCAUUUGUCUCUACCCCCGCUUGAUCGCCGGUGACCUCUCUGCUGUUCCAGAGAAGAACGGAUCUGAUCAUGCAAACGGGUCUCAAUGUGACGGAUCAUCCGAACUGGCCAAGGAUGGGCAAUCAAAUGGGCCCCCCAAUGGACUCACGUCCCUUUACGCACCCUCUGUUCAGUCUCUUUUACGAAGAACCGAAGAUGGCAGUGAUGCGAGCAGUACUCGUGACGAAGAAAAGGAUCUCAAAGCAUCUGUCCGUGAGCUCCAGGGAUAUUUGGCGGAUGUUCGCCGCCGAUUCCAACGAUUCCUUGGCCCGGAUGGUACAUUGAAAACGCCAGCACCAACCGAAGCUACAGAUGAAGCAAGUGCUUCUGUACUCAAACUUCUCGACUUCCCUACCCCCGAAACCUUCUUGGAAGCCAUCCGUGCCAAAGCUCGGCUCGUUGACACUACGCUGUUCCGAGCGCACAUGUUUGCUACGCCAUCUCUCGCAGGAUCCCUGUUCAGAAUUGCCAAUUUCUGUGACCCCGAUGUGGUGAUGGAACGUCUCGAAGAGACAGGUCGAUACAAUGAUCUGAUUGACUUCCUUUACGGAAAGAAACUCCAUCGCCAGGCUUUGGAAUUGCUUCGCAGAUUCGGUCAGGAAGAGUCAGGGCUGCUUAGCGGACCAACUCGCACAGCUGCUUACUUGCAGAAUCUUCCCCCUGAACACAUCGAUUUAAUUCUCGAGUUUGGGAAAUGGCCACUUGAAGAGAACCAUGACUUGGGCAUGGAAAUUUUUCUUGCGGAAACCGAGAAUGCAGAGACGUUGCCAAGGCAUCGUGUCCUUACUUUCUUGGAGGGGAUCGAUAUUAAGCUUGCUAUUAAGUAUCUCGAACAUGUCAUUCAAGAAUGGAAUGACAUGUCGCCUGACCUGCAUCAGCGGCUUCUGAUCUUGUAUCUUGGUCGAAUCGUUGCCGACAAGAGCGAUAAAGAGUGCAAGGACAAGUUCCUGUCUAUGCUCAAGGAGAGUGAUCAAUAUUCGCCAGCCAAGACCUUGGAUCGAUUGGAUCGCGAGGAUCCAGACUUCUACGAGGCACGGGCUAUCGUGUUCAGCAAAAUGGGUCAGCAUCGCCAGGUUCUGGAGAUUUACGUAUUUAAGCUUCAUGAUCAUGAGAAAGCCGAGGAGUAUUGCAACCAAGUGCAUCUCACCGAGCGUCAAUCCGAAGAAGAUGAUGACAAAAAGACAAUCUACCUCACUCUCCUAUCCCUCUACCUCGAUCCACCACAUGGCUACCAACCUCAACACGGCCCCGCAUUGGCCGUUCUCGCAAAGCAUGGAUCCCGUCUACCGGCAAAUGCAGCCCUAGGUUUGAUCCCUGCAGCGUUGCCUGUGCAGGAACUCGAGUUUUACUUCAAGGGUCGGAUGCGCGCAGCCAAUUCCAUCUUCAACGAGGCCCGCAUCAUGGCGAGUCUGCGCAAAUCCCGUGAGAUGCAGAUACAGGCCCAGCUUGUCCUCGGCGAAGGUGUUCGUGGGGGCGGUACCCGGGCACGCCAUGUCACCGUUACAGAAGAACGGAUUUGUGGUGUGUGUCAUAAGCGAUUGGGAGGAAGUGUGAUCAACGUCUUCCCCGACAACACUGUCGUCCAUCUGGGCUGUGCGAACCGCAUGCCCAACAUUCGUUCCGGGUAG